AUGCGCCCUGCAGCAGACCCGGAUGACAUGGAGGACCUCUUGCGUCAUGUCCGUCGUGGUGUGGAGGCCCGAACAUGCACGCAGACACAGGACCAGGAGGCUACCGGCAGUGGCCAAAACAGUUCGAAGGUGCAAAUGGCGAGAUGUCAGUCAGGUGCGACAGUUGCACAGGAAGAGCCUCCAGUGGCACUGCCCCGAGCUGCCGUUCGCGGCCGCUACGUCUUCAGCGGCGGCAGUUCGAUCUUGGGGCCGGGACAGCGGCUCGGGGCGCCAUCGGAGUCUUCGGAUGCCGUGGUGUCUCCUCGGCCGAUGGAUUUCGCAAGUCGGAGACCUCGAGGCCGUAUCGGCAAUGAGGACGGAGGUCACGCGACCUCCAGAAUCGAUGCCCGGCAGGCGGCCGAAGCAAUGGCUGCUGAAUGCGAUGAAGUAGAGAUCUAA